AUGACAUCUACAAUUACUCCCUCAAAGACGGAAGACGCUGGCAGUCCUUCUCGACUCCCGUUGAUCCCCAGAAGUCUGUCGUCAAACACGAUACCAAGAAGAAAAGUCCGCAGAAAGGAUUCUUUUGUUCUUCUAUCGGACUCGACAGACGAUGCAUUCAGUCCUCAUAGUUCUAUAUACGAUGCUCAGUACUAUUCCGCCAGCGAGGAAAACACCGAAAAACCUGAUCCUGUUGCAUUAACUGUCCCGAAGUCGCCCUCUAUACGCUUGAUCGACGAAAAUGUACGAGGUGGAGACACACGAACACCUUCCAUUACCAUUCCGGACAUAGAGUUUCUUUACGGCAAUGGCACGAUGUUAGACACAAUCACAGAGCAAAAGAGUUGUCAGACAAUGAGAUCACUUGCUCGCCCGAAAUCGGUCGAUCACAUUCGCAAGAUGGCAUCUCUUACGCACAGUGAUAGUUUCGAGCUUUCCAAGGUCCCCCGACGGAUGCAGUCUCUGAGUCUUGAUGACCUAGCUUCGAUCAAGCUGUCAUAUCAUAAUGCCUGCCACAACAUUGAAAGCAAGAAAUGCAGCCCAGUUCCUUCAAUACAUGAGAUAUACGCACAGCCCAAAGAACCAAUACAUGCACCAAUUGUCCGGCCUUCUACUCCGCCGGGCAUGCCAUCGUGGACUGCUGGUCAAGUCAUUGGGCAACCGCAGCGCACAGCAACUCGCCAACGGAAUGCCAUCCAAAGAUUCUUUGGACUCUCAGGGCCUAUGAGCAUUCCGUCCUCGAGUAAUCCUCCUCCACCAUAUGGGUCUACUAACAGACCUCCACCUCGAUUCCGACCUCCACGAAGUUCAUAUGCGGCGAUUGAUCAACACCCCUUCACUCGCGCCCCUAUAGCAAACACAUUAGAACGUGCCAACCCUCGUUUGAUGGGCAGGCGAAAAGCGAUGAAUCGCGUACGCUUUACGGCCUCGGCGACAGCGAGAGACUCUGAACAGAACAUGCUUCGGAAUGCAAUUGAAGCCACCAGUAGCUCUGCUAUUAAUCCUAUUACUUCAAUCCCAGAGACCGCAACGGUUCAGUCUCCGCAAGCUGCUUGUCCUCACCGUCGUGGAAGAAGGGCAGCCAUGAAAUCUUCAAGUAGACGCUUCAACAAUCCAUUCUCAAGGAGCACGAAUACCGAGCGCGGUGGAAUGGAGCUUCCAUACUCAACUGUUCGGCAAAGCCAUCUUCCUACGCAGCCAAAUAUUGAAGGGUCACCGUGUCACAAUGACGUCCCUUCCGCCCGUCCAUCAUUGGAAGUCAGUCCAGUCGUAGCGCAAGGCAUGGCUGGAAGUGCUCUCUCCAACUCCUCAACCGAUCAUCUCAUGAGUGGCGCCAAUCCAGAGCCCCGAAGACCUCAUUCUGCCAAGAACUGGUGUUGGAAAUGCGCAAUUGAUAAAGUGGUGGUGAAACUAGACACAUUUUGGUACAACGGUGCGGCAUGCCUGUGUUUCGUCUGCUGCGGAUAUGAUAUUGACGAAGAUAGCCACGACCGAAAUAGAUCUGAUAUGGGCGUUUACAGGCUUCCUCACGCUGGGUUUCGUUAUCUCGAUGGUCCUUGUGAUUUUGAAAAUCCGAGAACGUAUUUAGCUCCUAGACAGGUUGUUCUUGAUGGGACUUAUGGGGUUGCGUUGUGA